AUGACCAGUACAAAAGAAGUAAAGUUAGAUCUGAAAUUUUAUGAGCAAGUUGGGUCGUCGAACGAUUUCAAUCCAGAGAAGAUUACAAACACCAUCAAUAAACUAUUUAUCUUCAAUAAGACAGCCACUGAACACAGCAAAUACACGGAUACAUUCUUCAAUUUGGACCAAAAAAAUGCUCAGGCCUCGUCAACAUCAGCCAGCGUAGGAGGAGGCUUCUCGAUGUUUGGUAUCGGAGGAAGUAUUCAAGGAUCAGGUUUAUCAUCAAGUUCAUCGUUGAAUGUUUUGUCGAACAUCAAAAAAGACACUUAUUCAUCGAAAGAUGUUCAAGAUCUGCCUGCGAAAGAAAAAAUUGAAAGUGAAUGGACCGGUGAAAAAUGGGUGCCCAAAUCGCUGUACGGUUAUAAAAUUACAGACGUAACAGAUUAUCUUCAAAUAGGUAUCAUUGCCAAAUAG